UUCCCAUACUACUUGAUACCAUUGGUUCAUGUUUACUCCUGACAGGUCUUUCCAAUGUCUGGUUAUGAUGUUUCUGGUUGCUGACAGUAGGUGGGUUAUGAGUUCUUUGUAUUCUGAGUGGGCAUUGUUGUCUUGGAAGAUGUUUAAUAAGACCAGUUCUGGGGUGAGUUCUAGCACUUGCUUAGUUAUCUUACAGAUUUCUGCUCAUUCAUUGUUAAGCAGUAACUUUUGUAUGUAUAGCCAGGGGAAGGGAGUGCUAUUACACAAGAGUGUCUAGAACAGUUUGCCACCAGUAUUGAAGACUUUGGGACAAAUUUUAGGUGAAAGGGUUGUUGACUUUAGUUGCAUAAAACACUCGAAAUGAGCUUGCCAAGCACUAUUUAAAAACCUUGCUUACAGUACACUGGACUUCUGCCUGUGUGUUGCCUCCAUUUUUAAAGAGGUGUUUACAUUUCCCUUUGGAAUAAAUCCCCACCUGCUUUAAAAAAAUAGUAGUCCAUAUUGGCCAGAACUAUUAUUUGUUGCAUGUUUAUGGAUCCAGGGCUUUUCGUUCUGAGUUCUAGCCCCUUCUCUGCAUUCUGAGAUGUCUUGAGUACUUUGUUUCUGAAGGUGCCCAGCCUGCCAUGCCCACCUCUUAGUUCACUUGGAUGCUUCAAAGUUGAAAUUAAAGAUCUAAUAAAUGUUUAAGUUAAAAUAAAAUGAUUUUGCUUUUGCCAGCCUACAGUCCUACAUAAACAAUAGGUGGAGAAGCACAGUUCAAUUGUAUGCAUGUUUAUCUGUAAACACCUGGUCUUUGAGCAUUUUUGCAUUGGAAAACUUACUGUACUCCUGUUUCACUGUCAUGGGAUGUUGUCAGAAUGAUAGUUAUGGGGUGCUGCUAACAGCAGAGAACUCUGCCAGAAUUAGUAGGCCUCAAAGAAAUAUUGUUCUCUCCUCCUCUGCCCCCUCCCCCUUGCUGAACCACUGGCAAGGAAUUCGAUUGUACUAAUAUGAAAAGUCAGAAGAAACCACUAUAUUUUUCUACCCUAGGUAAGUAAAGUACUGUAAAGUGGAUCAUGCUGCUGGGCAUUCCCUGAAAUUUAGGCAAUGUGGUGUAGUUGUUAGAGGGCAGUUCUACAUCUGUCACUGUCUCGUCUCACUCAUCCUACCUCAUGUGGGUAUGGGCAUGCAUGGGUCAUCCCUCUAAAAUGGCGUAGAAGUAUUGUCCUUAGAAGUAUUGUCCUUAGAACAGCUCAUCUUAAAAUUCACAAAGACUACAGUCUAAAUACAGCUCUGAAAGGAGACUCACUUCACUGCAAAAAACCUCUGUAUCUAGGUAAGGACAUAUUCCCACUACACUACACUUUGCUGUUCAGCUUUGACUGCUCUAAAGUAUUAAAAUAUACUUGAAUACCAGAACAUAACUUGACUAGAUUUACAAAGUCAUGCAACAGAUAUAGAUAUCUUCUCUUCCUCAAUCAGUCCUGUUGGUCAGGUUCUACCUGUGUCCUUGGAGCAGGUUGAGCAAAAUAAGAUGUCCAUAGAUAUUCAAUUGAGUAAUUCUCAGAUAUGGCUAUUAUAUGUUUGGUUGGCUAAGCUCAUGGCUUACAGGAAGCAUCUUUUGGACUAAGUAAGCCCACAUUGUAAAACUAGUUUUACAACAGUUGCACUUUUAAUUACUGUAUAGCACUGUGGUGGUGUAAUUAAAGUAAAAAAUAUAUAAUAAAGAAUUGUUGGGUACAUGCUUAUAGCACCUUCAGUUUGAAGUGUAGUCCUAUUAUAAGAGCUGUGAUACUUAAUGGGCAUGUCGUAUGCAAAUUGAGAUUAAAUUUGCCCCAUAUAUUGUAGGGGCGGAAAAACAGCUUGGCAGCCAAUGCAGUUUUGCUAUAGGCAGAGUUUUGGCUUUUAUCUCCUGAAGGAUCUGGGGAUGGGUUGGUAAUCUCUUCCACUUGGUGAAUUCCAAGCUCAGUUUUCCCUGAACUGGGAUAAAGUACAUCUUGCCUGUAUCUGUUUGUCAAGAUAGCAGGGGACUAGCUGAUCUGUCAUCGCUUCUUGCCGGAGAAAAUAAGAACCUUUCUCGAGAAGACCCCUGGUCUCAUGAACGAAUCAACGGAUAUCGGGAAUGGCAGCAUUCUGGAGCCAGCACUACGGCUCAGGAAGGGACACAUGCCCAAUCCUGCUGGGCAGGAAAGCCUUGAUACUGACCAAUCCAGUGAGCAGGGGCCCAUCUUAGUGGAGCCACCUGAAACUUCUGAACUCGAAAAGAGUUCUGAUCAUGUUGGCAGCGAUGAUGCAGCUCAUGAGGAUGAAGGAUUUAUGGGGAUGCUGCCUCUCCAAGCUCACCAUGCCAUGGAGAGGAUGGAAGAGUUUGUAUGUAAGGUGUGGGAGGGCAGAUGGCGCGUCAUCCCCUUUGACGUCUUGCCCGACUGGCUGAAGGACAAUGAUUACCUGCUGCAUGGGCACCGCCCACCCAUGCCCUCUUUCCGGGCUUGCUUCAAAAGCAUUUUCAGAAUACACACAGAGACCGGCAAUAUCUGGACACACCUACUAGGUUUUGUGUUCUUUCUGUGUCUGGGCAUCUUUUACAUGUUCCGGCCAAACAUGUCCUUUGUAGCACCUGUACAAGAGAAGGUCGUGGUUGGAGUGUUCUUCUUGGGAGCCAUUCUCUGCCUCUGUUUCUCAUGGCUCUUCCACACAGUUUACUGCCAUUCAGAAGGUGUCUCAAGACUAUUCUCCAAACUGGACUACUCUGGCAUCGCCCUUCUCAUUAUGGGCAGUUUUGUCCCAUGGCUCUACUACUCCUUCUAUUGCAACCCUCAGCCCUGCUUCAUCUACUUGAUUGUCAUCUGUGUCCUGGGCAUCACAGCCAUUAUAGUUUCCCAAUGGGAUAGGUUUGCAACCCCCCAGUAUCGAGCAGUACGAGCAGGAGUGUUUCUGGCUCUGGGCCUUAGUGGGAUCAUCCCCACCCUGCACUUUGUCAUCUCGGAAGGGCUCCUCAAGGCUGCCACAAUGGGGCAGAUAGGCUGGCUGGCUCUCAUGGCCUGCCUAUAUAUCACUGGCGCUGCACUGUACGCUGCUCGCAUCCCGGAGAGGUUCUUCCCGGGCAAGUGUGACAUCUGGUUCCACUCCCACCAGCUGUUUCAUGUGUUUGUAGUGGCUGGUGCAUUUGCGCACUUCCAUGGAGUUUCAAACCUUCAGGAGUUCCGCUUCACAGUUGGCGGAGGCUGCUCAGAGGACGAGAUGCAGUAAAAGUGACCGCUUGUCCAGGAUCGUAACCAAAAAAGCAGAACUGUUGGAGCAGCCAGUCUACACCUGGCCCAGGGUGGUGUGGAAGCUUCGCAGGGAUUCUAACUAAAACUUGGAAGAGAAAUUCAUACCUCAAGCAUUGGAGUGAAUUGAUUCUGAAGACCUGGAAGUUCUUAAACCCUAAUUUAUUCCUGGCGUCUACAGACUAAGCUACAGAAAGCCCUUUCUUAAUCAGCUUCUGUUCAAUGCCAUAUUUAUUUGUAGAAAAACGAGGGGUUGUCAUGGGGAGAUGGCUUAGCAAUUUUUUUUCUUUUUAAAAAUCUAGCUUGAUUAAGAUUUGUAUCUUGUUCAGGUAAGUUGAUUUUUAGAUGCUCUUUUGGGAGGAAAAAUGUAAAUAAGAUUUCUAACAUUCUGUUUAAUUGAAAAGUUUAUAUAAAUGUUUUAAAAUUGUGUGGGAGGGGAGGGGUUUUUGUAUAGAUUGCAACAUGCAAGUACCACACACUGUUUCAAGUUUGCACGAACCCUUUUAAGUGCAAGAGGGCCAGGUGAAACCCCUGCAGCAUCUGGGUUCUACAGAUUCUUCCUAAUGUUUGGGGAUAUACUGGACAGCUAGACCCAGCAGGCUCAGUCUGCACACGAGGGUUCAGGGUAAGCAAGUGUGGGCAACCUUAAAUCGGGCUGAUGCUUGGGCCCCUGUAUGUUCAGAAGGCAAAGGCAGGAGACAUUGUGCAGCUGAGCUCUGCUCACUUGGCAGGGCGUGCCUUCUAAGAUCUCUGCCAUUUUGUGGAUAGUCUUUAGGUGGUCUUUCUUUCCACCAGCCUUUUGCUGUGUUGGGAUUUGAUGGCUUAAGGCACAAUAUGGUAUGUAUCUCGACCUCUUUGGUGGUGGGGGUCUCUUGUCAGUGUUUCACCAUUCAGUUGGGCCUGCUAUCCUUUUUUAUCCAAGUGCAAUUGUUAGUGUCAGGCAUCUGCCUUCUAGUUGAGAGACAGUAGGAUAAGAUGGUCUGCAGGGAGUGAGGAGAAACAUAUGAAAAAGCAGCCUUAGACUAGCUGUUAAUUCAUUAUAGAUUAUGUUGUGUGCUGCUGAAUUACAGUAGCACUAAGGUUGCCCGGUAUUAAAUUCCACCAAGCUCCACUUGGCUGCAAUGUAACACUGCCGAUCCUUCUUGCUUCCUUCUGGUAUAUAAGACAACGCUGCGCACUAGGCUAAAUUCUUUCUUUAAAAAGAACAGCUUGCAGAAUCUGCUUGGAUAUUACAUUUUUGCCUCUCCUCAAAAGAGUGCUUGGUACCCAAGAGAAGCUUGCCUCUUUAAACACUUCCCCAGAUAGCUUAACUGCUUGUGGGGUAGCCGUACAUUCUGAGAAGGGCAAAUUAUCACUAAGCAGAAUACUCAGUCGGGCAAGAAGUGUAGUUGCUGUUUUCUCCUGCUAGGCAGGUGAGGCAUGUUAAGAGCUGGAGAGAAAUGUUUGACACAGUGUAGAAUUUGUGUUUUUGAAUACUCACAGUGGGGGCGGUUCCUUUGCCCCAUAGUAUAAUUAACUACAAGUGUUGGGGGCUGAUAGAAUUUGUCACAUUUUAAACUGCUUUUUUGAUUAUUAGAAGGAGGUUGGUCUUUCUGUCUUUUCUGUCUCCCACUCUCAAAACAGAACCUUAGUGUUUAGACCUACAAGAGGUGCUUAAUGGGUGCUUGUAGGCAACUUCAGAUGUGUAUAUCCUGGGUAGGAUCCUGAUGGGCUGAAUGCAGAUAGGCCAGAAUGGCACCCUAACACUUCUGAUUGUUCAAUCCCAUACUAAAAUACAGAACAGUAUUAAUUGAACCCCUUUAAUGGAACAGGAAGGCCAGUGAUGAUUUAACCUUCCCAGUGGUAAAUGUAGCCAUCUGGAAGAAGGAUGGUUUGUCUGAUGGGGAAAGUGCUAAUACAUAUCGGACUCAGAUCUACCUAUCUUGAAAAGCACUUUUUUUGAGAGAGUAGUGGUAACUGGCUGCUUCUGUAUUAGCAGCAGAAAUAGCACCUCCCCAUUCUAGAUCAGGCAUCCCCAAACUGCGGCCCUCCAGAUGCUUUGGCCUACAACUCCCAUGAUCCCAAGCUAACAGGACCAGUGGUCAGGGAUGAUGGGAAUUGUAGUCCAAAACAUCUGGAGGGCCGAAGUUUGGGGAUGCCAUGCUCACUCCCAGAAAGGGUUUCUUACAACCUGGUCCUACAGCACACAACCUGUACAAAAACACACCCUCCACUUCUACCCCUUUGGUAUCUGUUUAGGACAUUUUUUGUGUCCCAAUAAGAAAAACUGCUUAGCUGUGCACUUUUCCGUGGUGCUUGCUGAGACUUCUUCCCAGGUUGGCACCUGAAUGCCUUACUCUCAGCAAUCGGAGGUUCGCUUUCUUUGUGUGUGCAGGUUUUCAGUAUAGUAUAGUUCAGAAUUACAGCUUUCUUUUCCCAUUAACUAGUGGCCUUGUUCAGUAUUUUAUUUUUUAAAAAAUUGCUUACUGUUGGAGGCGACAAAGCACAUCUUGGACUUUGAAGAUUGGGGUCUCCAGGCAAUGGGAUCUCAUUACUUGUUGUAUUCUUAACUUCUAAUAAAAAGAGCAAAUGCAAUGGA